AUGCCUUCCAACCCAUUCAACAGCAUGUACCGGGCUAUCCGGUCGAAGUCUCCCAAGAAUUGCAAUGGCUCCGAAGACUCCAAAUAUAUCAAGAAUAAUGCGGACUCGAAACAAUCCAAAGACAGCACGUCUUCGAAAGAACAUGCGCAAGACGAUUCUGCUUCGGUGCUCAGCGAUGCCACUACCCUAGCUCCUCGAAAAGACGAACAGCCUCCGAAGAAAGGCGGCAGUCGAGAUCAGGAAGAGAUUGAUUUCGAUUCCGUGCGAUACAUGAUGCGAGGAAUGGCGACCCGUCAUUGA